AUGCACUUCUACUCGCCGUCUGCAGCGCGGCGAGUGAUGCGGCUGUCGCUGCCGGCGGGGCCCGGUCUCGCCUUACCGCCGCCACACUGGCACCGCUACCAGACCGAGACCUUCGACGUCGUCAAGGGCCGCCUGCUCGCCAUCUGCGACGCCAUCCCCUCGGGCAAAUCCGUCAUCCACCCCGGCCAGAGCGUCACCAUCCCCAACGGCGCCAUCCACCGCUUCGAGAACGCCGCCGAUCCGAAGAGCGAGGCGGGGGCCGGCGAGGAGCUGGUCUUCGACUUGUCCAUGGAUCCGAAAAAGGCCGAGGGCGAUGAGAUCUUCUUCCGCCAUUUCUACGGCUACCUCGACGACUGCGCGAGGGCCCAGAGGUCGCCGGACUUCUUCCAGCUCAUGCUGUUUUUGUGGGAGGCGGACACCAUCUUGGUGCUGCCCUUCGUGCCUCGCUUUGUGAGCAUUGGCUUCGUGUGGUUCACCGGCAAGGUCGUCGGCAGGUGGCUGCUAGGCCUCAAUCACUUGUAUCCAGAGUACUAUCGCAAGGGCGCUGCUCCCGCUGCCACCGAGCCCGAGUAA